AUGGCGGAGCUCCUCAGGAGAUGGCUCCACGAGGACGUCGGCGUGCGACGGCCGCUGGAUUCGCUCGAGAAGUCGUUCGCGUCCGGAUUCCUCUUCGGCGAGGUCAUGGCGCGGUGCAACCUCCAGCCGGACUUCGGGAAGUUCGUGGACAAGAACACCCCGGACGCGCGGAUCAACAACUUCACGCGCCUCCAGCCUACGCUCGGGAAGCUCGGCGUGCACCUCGACACGAAGACGGUCACGGCCGUCGUCCGAGAAGAGAAGGGCGUCGCCGCGGGGCUCGUCUACGCGAUGAAGAGCGCGCUGUCCUCCACGCUGCGCGACGUCACGCUCGCGAAGACGACGUCCACGCUCGCGCGGACGACGACCGUGCACACGCGGCCGACGACGCACAUCGCGAACGCGGUCCGAGGGAAGACGCACAUUCCGGAGGCGUUUGGGGAGAUGGAGACGCGGCUGUUCGAGCGGAAAUUCAGAGAGGAGACGACGCCGCCGAACGAGGUGUUCGUGAACGCGCACCUCGCGAAGUUCACCGCGGAGGGGCUCAGGCAGGAGAACUCGAACCUGAACAAGACGCUGCGGUCGCGCGUUGACAGGAUGGACACGCUCGCGAAGCAGCGGAGUCUCGUUCUGAACGAGUUUAACACCGCGCGAGAGCGAAAGGCGAUGGCGACGGCGAGCGAACAUGCGCGUCACGCCGGCGUCAUGGAAGAACGCCGCGCGGUGGAGCGGAGAGAGCUCGAGAUCGAGGAGGCCGUCGCGGAGAAGGACCGACUGCGCAGAGUCGCGAUGAACUUGGACGCGAAAGCGGAGGCGUUGACCGGCAUCGACGCGUUCGAAGCCAACCUCGUGAAGCUCGGCGCCGACGCGGACAACGCGCCGGCGCUGGAUUUCUCCAAGGGCGCGAAAGCCCCGAAGCCGACCACCGGGCUCGACCCGCUCGCGACGCUCUCUUCGCUUCAAAAGUCGCUGCCGCGGCCGCACGUGCUCGAGCGCGAGGGCGACGCGUACGUGAGCAAGGUCAAGGCGCGCGCCGCGGAGGAGCUCGCGAGCCGUAAGGAGAGAGAGCGACGGAGGCACAAGCUAUUGGAACGCGAGAGAAAACAAAUCGCCGACGCGGAGGAACGCCGACGCCGCGACGACGUGUUCGAGACGCUCGCCGCGCGGAGCCGCCAGGAGACGCGCGUCGCGGAGAGACUGAAGGCGAUCGAGCUCGAGAGGGAGACGAUGCGGGAUCACAGAGCGGUGCGGGAUAAGCAGUACGAGGACCAGAGGGAGGCGGACCUCGCGGCGGCGUUGCGGCUGGAGAGCAAACUGUCGGCGCUGAGGCGGUCGGAGUAUCGCGCGAUCGCGGAGCAGCGCGCGGCGGAUAUCGAGGCCGCGCGUCUUCGGCGCGAGGAAGAGCGCGUCGCGGACGUGACGUCGCACUGCGAGCACCUCGCGUACGCGAUCGCGUCGCUGGCGGCGCGAUGCGCGGAGUACCGAGAAGCCACGGACGCGACGGUGCCGAGGAAAGAAUACCGCGAGUGGAGCGGGCUCAUCGUGAAGGACCUGCCGCUGCCGUUCCAGCUCCCGGAGACGGAGGAGACGGUGGCGGAGGAUCCGAUACACGUCACCGCGUUCGACGAGGCGACGUGCGCGGAUUACGUCCGCGGGAUCGAGGACUGGGCGCCGCCGCGGCCGCCGGAGAAGGAGGAGGAGGAGGACGGCGACGGCGAGGAGAAGGCGGAGGGCGACGGCGAAGCGGCGCCAGAGCCCGAACCCGAACCCGAACCCGAACCCGAACCCGAGCCCGAACCUCCCGUCGCCGCCGCGGAGGACGCCGAGCCCGUCGACGGCGAACCGGGCGCGGCCGCCGCCGCCGCGCGGCCGCCGACGCCCGAGCCGGAGACACCGUGGGUCGACCCCUACCUCGAGCCCGAGCCUCUCUUUGGCGAAAUCGCCCCGAACGUCCCGCUCGGGUCCGCGGUGCUCGAUCUCAACGUCCUGACGCUCCCGCCGAUCCCGCCGCCGCCGAUGCUCCCGGAGCUCGGGUUCACCGUGCGAUGCGCGAUCACGGGGAUGCCGUUCAGCGGCAAGACGACGCUCGCGGGGGCGCUCAACGAGGCGCACGGGCUCGUCGUGAUCGACCCGGGGGCGUCGCUCAUCGACGCGAAAGCGAAGGCGAAGGAGUGGGCGGCGUUGGAGGAGGCGAGACUCGCGCGCGUGGAGGCGGCGACGCCGAAGGAGGCGCCGGAAUCAUCUCAGGAGGGAGAGGGCGAAGAAGCGGGCGAAGAAGCGGGCGAAGAAGCGGGCGGCGAAGACGCGCCCGCCGCCGCCGCGGACGGCGAAGAGGAAGAGACGCCGGAGCUCGACCCCGCGGACCUCGAACCGGUCCCGCGCGCGCUCAUCGUCGAGAUGGGCGAGAAGGCGAUCGACGCGGAGCUCGCCGGCGAGCCCGUGGACGCGGUGACGAUGGCGACGAUCAUCGCGAUCGCCGUCGACGCGCUCGCGCCGCCGCUGCCGCCGCGACCGACGCCGCCCGCCGACGCCGCCGACGACGCGCCUCUCCCCGACGACGCGGACGACGACGCGAAAGCCCAAGCCGCCGCGAAAGCCGCGGAGGAGGAGGAAGCGAACGCGGCGUACGAGGAAGCGCUCAAGGCUUCGAUCGACGCGCGCCCCGUCGGGUUCGUCAUCGACGGCUUCCCGAACACGAUCGACGAGGCGAAAGCGCUCGAGCGCGCGCUGACGGGGUUGGACGAGGCGCGCGGCGACUUGAUUCGCGCGCGCGUCUCGGACAUCGCGCGUCCGACGCUCCGAGAGCUCGCCGCGAAAGCGGAGCCGCUUUACGUCAGCGGCCUCGACGCGAUCAUCGCGCUGGACCUCCCGUCCGUGGACUACAGCACGAAGCGCGCGGAAGGGCGCCGGAUCGACCCCGAGAGCGGCCGCGUGUUCCACCUCGACUACGACCCGCCGCCGACGAACGAGCCCGGGUUGAUCGCGCGGCUCGAGGACCAAGUCCCGCCGGACGUCGCGCGCGUCGUGGACCGGCUCGGGGCGUGGGAGGUGGCGAGGGACGCGAGGGAAGCGUGGCACCACGGCGGCGAAGGCGGCGGCGGCGGCGGCGCGGGGGGGCGCUUCGUCGGCCUCCGCGCGGGCGUGGACGCGACUUUGGGGAAGAUUGAAGUCGCGGAAGCCGCGGGCGCCGUGGUGGCGGACGUGAAGCGUAAAAAGGAAGCCGCCGCGGGGGUCGCGGCGGCGGCGGAGGCGGCGGCGCGCGCGGCCGCCGCCGCGCAGGCUGCGCUCGCACGGGUCGUCGCCGCGAGGGAGACGGUCUCCAACGCCGCGAGAGAGCUCCUGACCCUGAGAAAGGCGGAGGUGGAAGCAAAGGAGCUCCUGGCCGCCGCCGGCGACGGCGACGGCGACGGCGACGCGGCGGCGGCGGCGGCGGCGGAUGGCGACGACGCCGGCGAGACGACGAAAGAGAAGCUCACCGCCGCGGCGCUGCUCGCGGAGAACGCCUCCGAGGCGAUCGCCGCGGAGCUCGUCAAAGCGAAAGACGCCGCGACGCUCGCGAUCGAGCACGCAGCCGCCGCGGAGGCGGCCGCCGCGGAGGCGGCGGCGGCGGUGCUCGACGCCGAGUCGAAGGUUGGCGACGCGGAGGGCCUCGUCGCCGCGCGCGAGACGGCGACCGCGGCGCUCGAGAGGGCGCUCGAGGCGGGCGAGGCGGCGAGCGGCGCGCUCGCGGAGACGAAGACCGCGGCGGAGGCGAUCGAGGCGACGGUGAAGAAGGCGGAGAGAGCCGCGGACCCGAACGCGGACCCGAACGCUGACGCCGAAGCGGGGGAGGGCGAGGAGGGCGCCGAGGGCGCGGCGGCGGAGGGCGACGACGCCGCCGACGCCGCCGACGCUGCCGCCGCGGACGCGGACGCGGACGCGAAAGAGGGCGAGGACGCUCCGAAGGACGACGCGAAGGAGGCUCCUUCGUCGUCUGAGGAGCUCGUCGAGAUCCCCCCGCCGCUCGCGGACGUCAUCUACUCCUCCUGGAACGUCGUCGAGGCGGACUACCUCGAAGGGUUGCGGCGAUGCUUCGCGCGCCUCCGCGAAGAGCGAUCGCUCGGCGUCGCGCACUUCUCCGACGUCAAGGCGACCUUCUCCGAGUUUUUGAAGCGCCCGGACGCGAAGAUGCCCACCGUGCACGCGUUCCAAGAGGCGUUCAACGAUUUCGACUUGGACCACCGGAGAGACCCGCGCGCCAAGGGCGAGCUGUUGCUUCGAGCCGAGGAACUCCGCGACGAACUCUGGGACGUGUGCGACGCGAAACUGCGCGAGGCGGUGGCGGAACGUCGGAAGAUCGUGAACGACACCUGGGUCCCCGACCACGCGGCGAUCGCGGGGAAUCACUACCUCGAACUCGCGCAGCUCGAGCUGGACAGGUUCGAGGGCACGAGGGCGGUGCUCGCGGAUUACUACGCCGCGCGUCGCGGGGAGGAGUUGGAGGAGGAGACGCCGGGCGCGGGCGACGCGGCGGCGACGGCGACGGCGCCGGCGCUCUUUGUGUCAGCCCCUGUCGUUCUCUCCGAGGGCGGCGCGGCGGAGGAGGGGGGCGAGGACGCCGCCGCCGCUUCCGCUUCCGCUUCAGGGGCCGGCGGCGCCGCGCCCGCGGAGUUCCCGCCGCUCGAUUUCACGCUCGAAGGCGACGACGCGCCGCCGCCGGAGCUGUCGUUUCUUUGUCCGCUCGCGGAAUUCGUCGACCCGCCGCCGCCGCCGCUCGCGGAGGGCGAGGAGCCGCCUCAAACGCCCGCCGAGGGCGACGACGCCGGCCCCGGGUCGUUCCAGCCCCUCGCCGCGCUCGCGGCCGCGCUCGCGGCCGCGCUGAACUACGUCGCGUCCACGGACCCGGCGGCUAUCGCGGCGGCGGCGGAGGCGGCGGGCGAUGCGCCCGCGGCGCCUGAGCCCGAGCUGGAUGAAAACGGAGACCCGAUCCCGCCGCCGCCGCCGAAGCUCUCGAUCGCGGAGGUGGAGCGCGCGAUGGCGCGCGAGCGCGCCGUCUUCGCGACCCGAAUCGAGCGCAUCUCGCAGCGAGCGCUGGCGCACGCGACGGAACUGAGAGAGAUCGCGUCCAACGCGCACGAGCGGCUCGAGGAGCGUCUGAGAGCGCGGUACCGCGCCGAGUGCGGCGCCGUCGCCGCGCUCGUCGACGAGGUCAACGUCGCCGUCGACGAAGAGCGCGAGCUUCACAACGACCUCGUCCUCGACGACGUCGACUUCAUCGUGUUCGAGGAGGAGCGCGCCCUACCUCCGCCGCCGCCGCAGCCGAAACGUCCGGCGACGGAGAAGCUCCUCCCGCCGGGGUUGUACAGAGCGUCGCAGCUCGCGCGGCUGGCGGCGGCGUUGGCGGCGGCGGCGCCGACGGGACUCGUCUCCGCGCCCGAGUGCGCGGUGCUCAUCGCCAAAUGCGCGUGCGCGGACGACGGCGACGGCGCGCCGACGGCGUUCACGAUCGCGCCGGCGUCGAUGCUCGCCGCCGUGGCGAAUUUGUUCGCGUUCCGCGGCAGCGUUUACGUCGAGUGGCGCGCGUUGAUCGUCUCGCUUCUCUACGCGGCGUAUCCGGCGGCGACGGAGGCGGACGCCGGGACGCUCGCAUCCGCCGCGGCGCAGCUCGCCGCCCCCGCGAAGGCUGGGAAGGAGGCGUUCGCGAAGGCGCGGAAGCUGUGGUUCCUCCCCGGGGGUAACGCACAAGAGGUGGACGUUUCUUCCAUCAUCAUGCGCGCGCUCGCCGACGCGUUCGCCGUCCCCGGCGCCGUCGACGCCGAGACGGGCGAGUCCGCGCCGGCGACGGUGGACGUCGACGCGCUCGCUAUGCACCUCUGCGCGUCCAAGACGCACGCGGAGGGCGUCGCGAAGGCGAUGGAGGUGGCGCGGCGGCUGGAGAUCGCGAUGGAUCGCGGAGAGAAGGACUUUCCCGAAGGGAGGGAGAGGGAGCGCGCGGUGGCGCUCGGGGAGCUGAGCGCGGUGGCCGCCGCCGCCGCGAUGGGGCCGAUGUCGGAUAAGGCGAUCGAUCUGCUUCUCUCGCGGGACCUGGAGGGGAAGCAGGUGGACCUGCCCGCGAUCGACGCGGCGUGCAAGCGGUCGGGUGGUGAUGAAACCGUCGGCGUUGAGGCGUUAUUGCGCGAUGAGGCGACCGCGAAGUGGUACGGAAGGUACCUCGUGAGAGACGCGUACGAAGUCGUCAAGGUGUGA